CUCAUUUAAGGGUGUCCUUUUCAAUAUUGGGGAAGAAAAAUCCAUUUUGGAAGUAAAAACGUUUAUAAAAUGCAACUAAAAACCCACAUUUGCAAAAAGACUUCAACCAAUAUCAAUGGGGAUUAUGCAUUGAAGAUAAGCACCAACAAUUCAAAGAACAACAACAGCAAUGGAAAGCAAGAUAAAAACCAGGAUAAGACAUUGGAUAAUUUACCCCUGAGUUGUGUGGAUUGGAGCAGCAAUGAUGAGAUAUACUUUGUGAGUGAUGACCAUCAAAUUUUCAAAUGGAGCUCUGCCACCCGAGACUCGGUGGAAGUGGCCAAGCUGCCGGACGAUUUCAUUCCCACCGACUUGCAUUGGCUGCUGUUGGGUGGCCGCAGCAGCGGUGGUGGCAAGGGCAGCGACACCCUAUUGAUAUGCAGCAACGAUGGCCGUUUUAUAAUUUUGAAUAAAAGUUCUCGUGUAGAGCGCAGCAUAUCGGCCCACACAGCGGCUAUUUCAUCGGGUAGAUGGAGUCCAGAUGGUGCUGGCUUAUUAACGGCUGGGGAGGAUGGUGUUAUAAAAAUUUGGUCCAGAUCUGGCAUGUUGCGUUCCACUGUCAUCCAAAGCGAUGAACCCAUACGUUGUGCCAGAUGGGCUCCCAAUUCAACCUCCAUAGUGUUUUGUCAAGGUGGCCAUAUCUCGGUGAAACCCCUGGCGGCCAAUAGUAAAUUGAUAAGGUGGCGCGCCCAUGAUGGUUUGGUCUUAUCCCUCAGCUGGUCUUCACAGUCUAACAUAAUAGCUUCGGGUGGAGAAGAUUAUCGUUUUAAGAUAUGGGAUGCCCAAGGAGCCAACCUAUUUACAAGUUCAACUGAAGAAUUUGCCAUUACGGCAGUGGCAUUCAAUCCGGAGAAGGAUGUUCUCUUGGUCAGCACCUUCAAUAUGUUAAAGUUGUGCUCCACAGCAGGGUGGUCCUACAGCACUGCCCGCUUUAAUGAACCCGUGGUGGGCUCAUUUCAUGUUCUGUCCUGGUCCUCAGACGGCACCCAAGUGGCUUGUGGCACUUCAACGGGUCAACUCAUAGUUGGUUAUAUUGUACAAAAGCAGCUAAUCUCCCGAAACUUGAAAGCCACCACCACGGGUCGCAAAUCCCUAAGAUUGGAGGAUAUAGUCAAUGGCAGCAGCGAUGUUUUGGAUUUUACUGAUCGCAUUAUCAACUUUGCCUUGGGUUAUGGUCAUCUCAUAGUGGCCACCUCCAAUCAGAUUCAUAUUUACAAUGAGAAGUACAUUAACACACCGAUAAUUAUUGAUGGCAGGACGGAUGUAAGGGUCAUACAGGUGGGAAAGAAAUUUUUCAUGGUCCUUGAUUCAACUUCAAUUUGGGUUUACACCUAUACAGGGCGCCUUCAUUUGAAUCCCCGUUAUCCUGGAAGUCAGGCCCAGAUUCCUUUACUAAACUGGCGUAGUAUAUCGCUGGGAUUGGACACAUUGGUAGUAAGAGAUAAUUCUGAUACAAUGGUAUUGCACAUCUUUGAUUUGAUACCUGGAGCUACACGACAAUAUGAGCCAUUUAUGCUGAAGGCCAAAACUCAAAUAGCAGAAAUUGCUGCGUGCAGAUCGGGCACUGUGGAUGAUCAAUUUGUGGUAAUGAUUGACAACAAUCGGGAACUCUACAUCACUGAGACAAGAAAUCUGAAUAGCAAUAAUGAGCGCAGUAACAUAAUGGGUGUUAGUGGCACCACAACGGGGGAGAUUUAUAAAAUUGGCACCCAAGUGACCACAGUAAAGUGGGCAAGUGAAGCGAAUAUUUUGGUUGGUGUACAUGAUACAUGUUAUAGUAUAUGGUAUUGUCCAGGAGAGGGGGCAGCAGAUCCAACAAUCAUAGCACUAACCACAGUGACAAUAGAUGCAACAGAGUUUGGCAAAAACAUAGCCAUAGAAUCUUUCGAGGAUUCCAUUGUCACCUUUCGUUGCUCUGGAGCCCUACUGCCCAUCAGCGUCAAUAUGUAUUGUGAAAUUUUACAUUGCACUCUGGCCGAGGGACAAUGGCAGCAAUCGUUGAAAAUAUGUCGCUUGGCCCAUAAUGCCUAUUUGUGGGCCACUCUGGCCGCUGUGGCUACACGCAAAAACCAAUUGCAGAUCAGUGAGGAGGCCUAUUCGGCAGCUUUACAAAUCGAUAAGGUCAGUUAUUUGCAGCAUAUUAAAACUCUGGAUCCCUCUAGCCCUGAAUAUAUGGCUGAAAACUCAUUGAUGUUGGGUAGACUUAUCGAAGCCGAGACUAUUUUGCUGCAUAAUCGAAAAUAUCGGGAAGCUGUUAAUCUGUGUCUGCGCAUGCAUAAUUGGCGUAAGGCCUUAGAGUUAACCCAAAAACAUGAGCCGGAACUUUUGGAUGUGGUAAUGGAGCAGCGUAGGAAAUAUCUGAAUGCCUUGAAUCGUGAAGAAUGGGAUACUUUAUUUUUAAGUUUAGCAGUUAAAGACAAUGAUGAUUGAGUU